CACGGGACGACUUAGUAUGAAAAGCCUACGAAGUACCUGUAUCAAUAUAGCUACCUGCUGCCUGGACAUUCGGUUAUCGAGAUACCUUGAGUAUAUACAAUGUCAAAAGUUCGAUACCUUUAAACGGUCUCUGUAUUUACCAGCUGUGUAGAUUGGGUGCUUGAUCGGAUUCAAUGCUUCCUAGCCGAUGCGCCAAAUCCUUCAGACUUCUAUUUAAACCCUACGGGGCAAGCCAGUCAAGUUAGUUCGUCGGCUUGCCACCCGAAGUCAGACCAUCUCUACGGAACACCAACCCACCUGUUUCCGAGAUAUAUAGCAUCUUUGAUCAACACAAUUAUACAUACUCUUACAGUAGGAGACAAAAUGGCGUCGAAGGCAUUCUUCGAUCCCCUCGUCGUGCUGCGCGUCGCGCCCGUCAUCACAUCCACAAUGGCCAUGCGAUUCUCGCACGACCAGUAUUUCUUCCUCAGCAACUUCUUGCUGCCUCAACAUCGCGAGAAAGCAAACGAGAUCGUCCCAUCCUACUUCACCACGUUCUUCAUGAGGGGCAUCUGGGACAUCGCCAUCUUUUACACGUUAACGCCUGCCAUCGGUAUCAGCAACUUCUACUCUAGACCGAACGGCGCGUGGAAGUGGUAUGCCGCCGGUACCGCGCUUGCCGUUUUCCACCUUGCUUUUGCGCCUUUCGUCAUGUACAAGGUGAAGGGACUUUCUGACGACGAGCCCAAGGGCCAGGGAAACACGCUCCUUCGUAAAUGGCUCGAUGUUCACAUUCUCCGGUCUUGGGUAGCUGACGUUCCUGCCUGGGCCUGCUUCGUGAUCGGGUGUAUCAAAUCCCUGCAGCCGUUGUAAAGAUCUCCGUCAAUAGCACAGCCGUGACGCAUUUCCACGUGUGCUGUUUUGCGUGUAAGUAGGUACGGUACGAUACGGUACGUACUACGACAUAGACGAGGACGGAUCGCAAUCAACAUCAAGCCAUGUAUCAGGUGGAAUAUGCGAGGAAAGAAGAGCAAGAUGUAUCAUAGCAAGACUGACUCCCCUCUUUAUCUGACACUGGCAACGUUGUAUUCAAAUUGACGCAGGAUGCUCUCUGCUCGUGGCUACCUUCAACGCCAACAGCAGAUGGUACACCGCAAUGACGUCGACAUUCAACUGUCGAGCUUGCCGUAGUCGGCGCAAAUUCAACUCGGUUCGCAAAGGACAGGAAGGGCCACCUUCUUAUCGCGGUUACUAGGAGGAGCAAUCAGUGCAUCCCGUCUUCGAUAGCUAUAAACUAGUCUCCCGAGGUUUGCCCUCUGAGAGAACGUGUCUUACAAUAAACUCAUCUCUUUGCCAUCCG